CAUAAAUUAAUUGAACUAUAUAACGAAAAACUAUGCUAGUGAAAAAAAACUGGCGCUUAAACCGUUAGCUGUUUUACACUAUUAUUAGUAGUGUAGAAACGUUCGGGCAGUGUGGCAACGCCAGAUCAGCUGUUUUCAUUUGUUUUUCUUAUUUUCUAACAAGAAAAAGCAGCAGCUGCAUGCCGAACAUAUUAACGUAAUCAUAAGAAAUUUUAUACAAACUAGUGAAUUAAUUACAUUUUAUUGAAUUGAAUAAAUAAAAUGGCAAAUACAAUUAUUAAAUAUGUGGGCCGUAAAACAGAUUUCAAGGGUAAAACUUUGUGGGAAAUAGUGGGAGACUUGAAAGAUUAUGGUGUGGGACGUCUGGUCAUACGCAACAUGUUUCAACGUUACCCGGAGCCUUGCUAUUUUAAAAUCUUAAAAGUACAAACUGUAGAUGAGCAACCCGAUACCGCCCGCAAAGUUAAGGUUACUGUAGAAAAAACCUGGCGUGGUGUUACCUUGCCCAAACCCAUUGAAAUCUAUAGUACUAGUUACAAACCCGACUAUGAAUUGGUGGAUAAAGAAGAUGAACAUAAAUUUUUACAAAACACCAAAAAAGUUAGUGAAAAAAUAUUGUCCAGAGAAGUGGAAUUCCCUCCUUUGCUAAGAGAAUUCAUUGAACAGGAGACAGGCAAAAAGAAUCCCAUGAUGAAGGUACACUUUAAGGAAAAUGACAAUAAAUUUGUGCGCUUGGCUAAGGAGGGUGAAAAACCCACUAUACAAAUGGUUAUGAGUUUAGGACAACCCUCUGCCGUGGCCCAAAAGUUGUAUGAAGGUGUUUUGUAAAAUGUCUAGUUAAUUAAUUGAAGGGUAUUGUUGUUUAAAUUGUGUUAAACGUGAAAUAAAUGAAAAAUAUAUAAUAAUAA